AUGUCAGGUAUAUCGAGAAAACGGGCAGAGAGAGGCGGGCAUCGAGCCUAUGUCACCAGGAGUUUGGCACGGGCCAAAACUCUAGUAGAAGAAGUCACAGGAGAAAGUGUGUUGGAGCUUAAUACGUUGAAGCUCAGCUUAUCAGAUAAGAGAGAAACAAUAAAGAAGCUAGAUGAGCAAAUUUUAGGACUCAUUGAAGAUGACGGAGACGUCGAAGCGGAAAUAGAGUCAGCGUCGAAAACGUCCGACGAGAUAUACGACGGGUUAGCGGCGAUUGAAAUGGCCAUAAAAAGGGUCGAAUUAUCGAAUCGGCAAGCCGGGUCGCAACAAGAAACAUCGAGGGCCAAGGCUAGCGCUCAAGCGCGGGUAAAGCUUCCUAAACUCGAAGUUCGGAAGUUCUCGGGAAAAGUACAAGAAUGGCCAGAGUUCUGGGACGCCUUCAGCAGCGCCAUUCACGAAAACGAAUCCUUGUCGGACGUAGACAAGUUCACUUAUCUGCGAGGGUUGCUCCAGGAGCCUGCAAAAUCGGCGAUUGCAGGGUUUGCGUUGACGUCCAUAAACUACGAAGCGGCCGUAAAACUUCUCGAGCGACGAUUCGGUAAUAAGACAAUCGUACAGCGGGCGUACAUCAACGAUUUGCUAAAUUUGAAGCCAGUGUUCAAUGGGAACGACACAGAACGUUUGCGCAAGUUUUUCGACGUAGUUGAAACCAAUUAUCGGGGGUUAGAGGCGCUCGGUGUCAAAGAGGAAGUCUACUCGGAGAUCGUAGUACCGUCGAUCCUAAAUAAGCUUCCAGAGGUCGUUCGACUGACAAUAACGAGGGGUGAGAAGUAUAUGGAAUGGACAAUGAACGACGUGGUCAAAGCAUUGUUGGCAGAGAUAGAAUUGCGUGAGUGCCAUGAUUUAACCAGCCAGACAACCAACCAAAAGGGAGAAUAUCAGGGGCGACGCCGUCUACCGGGAACAAUUAACACGUUGUUAACAAAGAAACAAGGACUUUUCUGUGCUUAUUGCACUGGAAAUCACAAGAGCGAGGAAUGUAGAAAGGUCACGGACAGAAAGGAGAAGUUAGAACUAUUACGUAAGUUUAAUAGAUGUUUUAAAUGUAUAAAUAAGGGUCAUGUAGCUAAAAAUUGUCGUGCACGUAAUAGUACUUGUCAUGUAUGUGGCGGCCCGCACCAUGUUUCGAUCUGUGAGAAAGAGUGUGAGGGAGGUAGUGGCAACCAGAGUAAGGAAGACGAGAAAAGCAGGGAAGAGCAUGCAGACCAGGCAGUGGCCAUAAAAGCCUUCAUGGCAAUGAAUGACGCAAAGUUGCGUGUGAUUAGAAAUGAAUGGCUUGCGAUUAAUACGUUUGGUACGGCGGCGGACAAAGGGAAGUCAAGGAAGGUUGUUGAUUUUGAAAUUGUGUCGAAACGUGGCGAUCGGAAGUUGCGGGUAGAGGCGUUGGUUGUGCCGGAGAUCUCGCGAAUUAGGAACGAGCAUCUUGAGGUUGUUAAGGGUCAGUAUCCACAUUUGCAAGGUUUGUGGUUGUCGGAUGUUUGUAAAACGGGUGAGAUGUUAGAGAUUGAUGUGUUGAUUGGGGCAGACAAUCUUUGGGCCUUUCAAAGUGGGAAAGUUUUGAAAGGUGGUGAUGAUGAGCCAGUUGCUGUUGAUACGAUGUUAGGUUGGGUGAUUAGUGGUCCACUGCUUGGGAGCUCAGAAAAUGAAAUAGCUAACGUUAAUCUUGUUUCACAGGGCGGAGAACAAAACGAGUUAAGUUCAAUAGGAGCGGAUAUAGAAAACUAUGGGAUUUAG